UGGCUGGUGUUAGCGAUGGCGAAGGCGGAAUCAUUACAUAAUGGACUCAAAACAGACACGGCCGAUGAUGUGGAAAAAUCACUCGAGCUGCUCGACAAGGUCCUGUCGGAGUUCGAGGAGGGACCGGACUUGCUGAAUGACCACCACCUCCAUCAUCACCAUGGGGCGGUGGAACCGGACAGCCCAUCCCAGGGCCACCAGUCCGAGGACGACGGUUACAUGAGCAUGAACGGAAGAAGGGCAAAAUUUGUACCUGAUUUUCAACCAACCGACGAGGUGACGGCACCAACGCAACAGCCGCCGGGUGAGCUUCAGCUGCACCCACAGCAGCAGCAGCAGCAGCAACAGCAACUACCACAGCAGCAACAUUCACUUCCGGUUCCGACGGACGAAUCCUACUCGCCGCCGUCGCCCGAGGAAGCGGAACGAAUAAUUUCCAAUUUGCUGCCCAGAAUCUCCCCAAACACAUCCCCCAAGCGUCGAUUCACGGCGGAAAAUGGGCAAACGGAGUGGUGCAGUAGAAACCAAUCGAUUCGCACCUCGGACGCGAUCAGCAUCGGCGACAGUGACACCUCCGGCGACAACAAACCGUCCUCACACGACGAAACCAUCAUCACCAAAAGCCCAACACAAACGACACUGCCAAAGACGACGCGUCCAUCAAAUGCGAUGUCCCAGCGCUAUGCAAGUCUUCCAUGUUCGAGUCCACCCAAGCUGCAGGACCUGUCCGGACCAAAUGAUGCCGCCGGCGGAAGCCUCGACGGUGGCCGGAACAAGCUCGGCAUCGGCAUUAGCGCCGUACACGACGCGGUGCUUCGGGGGAUGGCCCGAUUGCCUGAACCAAUUCUCAACGAACACCCGGUAACGAUAUACCCUGGCCGGGCGUCCCCGACGCGUCGUAUGCCUCCCCGAACGUUGUCCGGGUCGAUCGAGCGGCACCGGUUUCCAACAUCGGAUAAUUCUUCGACAUCGCAGGAAAACUCGUCGCCGGAAAACAACGAGUCCGAGUACAACGAAUCGUCCCUAUCACCAACGCAUGGCCACCUGCAACCGCUCCAAGGUGGCACACCGGUCAGCUCGCUGAUGAGCCGCAUUUUCCACCACAACCCGGCCACCGCAUCAGGCCAGCCCCCCCUGUCGCAUCAUCUCCAUCACACCCGCGGCCAUCACAUUCCGGCUGCGGGUGCCAUCGCGGGAAUGCCCUCGAGGACAGCGGCCGGUCGCCCGGACAGUGAUGACGAGCGCUUUUCCGACGACUCGCUCGAAGAAUCCUCGCUUCCACCACCUCCCGGGCCACCGACCGUUCCCCCACCGCCGUCCCUUUCGGCACCGGUCACGCCCUCGAAACGGCACAGCAUCGCUUGGGAGGUGAACCUGGACGAUCCGGCCAGCUUCGGUGAUCCGCUCGUCAUGACGCCCAAAAGCUCCACCGCCGUUAGCUCGAAGGUGGUUGGGCGACGGAAACUUGGCCCCAAGCACGCAACAAGCUCACAGUCCAGCCUUGAAUCCACACCGAGCAACAUCAAGAAUGAAUCGAACGAGUGGCCCGACCCACCGGACAUACCCAUCUGUAGCACCGAGGACGAGGCGGCCUCCAUCUACUCCGACUCCGACGACCUCAUUCCACAUAUCCCGGACAUCAGCGGUCGUGGCACGUACAUCAUCCGCAAGGGACGCCGGCAGCGCCAACGACUGGCGAGUCUGGAAUCGGAAACAAACAACAUCGGCAUCCCUCCAACCGACGGGGAACCAUUCCAACAGCCUACGUCACCGUCCCAGCAACAGCAGCCACUCAGCGAAGAUCACAUCCUGCGAGGACUCCCGAGUCCGGUCUUCCCGGCGUCGAUGAUCACGCCCAAGUCACGCCACAGCAUCGAUCUCGGUUUGUCCGCGAACAAGGCCGGCGGUGUGAUGCUCCUCAAAUCAUCCCCCUCGGCACCCCAAAAGCUACCCAAUGCCGUACUUUCCCCAAGGUCACGAUUAUCAUUAGACUUAAGUUCACCUACUACCUCAGAGCUUUCAACUAAUGUUAUAAAGAUCACCACACCGACCGGAAGCUAUCCUUCGCCGGUCACAACACACCACCAGCCGCACGGACAUGUUUCGUCGCCGCUUGGCCAGCCACCAUCGAUCCUGCACGGUGCUGCCAUCAACGGACUCAUCAACAACGGGCCCCAAUCCGUCGGUGGUGGCAGCGGCAGCAAUAGCUUGAACAGAACCAAACCGAACGGCACCGUGGGCAGCAACGCCAGCAUUGUCAACGUCGGAUCCGGACCUUCCGGUGCCAAUCAACCGCAAUCAGUCGCUCCGCAACCGGUCGUCUCGGCCCGGUACACUGAAUUCAAAACGUACAGCUCCACGUUUGACGCCCUGCAGGCGCUGGACAAUUCGUCCAAUGGUGCGAACGGUGGUGGCAGUUCCGGCGGUGCCGGUGGCCAUUUAAAUGGAUGCGGACCGGGAGGAUCAGUUGCCGGUGGUUCCGACAAUCCGCUGUUACGAGUGUCCUCUCUGCCUACGAUCACGCCACCGUUGACGUCAUCUGCAACAGCUGAAGGAUUAGCGACACCGCGGCGCGAGCUGGCUCCCCCGAUCGAAGAGGACGAAGAAGCGGACAGCGACACGCAACGAGGAGCCCCGCUACGGAAGAUAGAAGAUAACAUUAGUGCUUUAUUACGUGGUGAUAUAUCCGUUGCUAGAGUAGCCGACAUACCUCCAGCGAGACGUCCACUAGGUUUUCGUCUAGGUGUUCAUAAAUCAGAAAGUGCCAAAGAAAUGCUGCUCUCGCAGGCAGGCCUCGGACCCCUGCCACCAUCGCCGCCAUCAUCCAGCCCGGAACCGCAGGACAGUGACGAGUUUCCACCCCUACCCCCGUCCCCAACGGAAGAGCCUGAAGUCAUACAUCAGAUGCACGGCAUUCGCAUCAGCUCGCGGAAUCGGGCCAGCAACGGCGCUAUCAACGGUUCCGGUCCCAGCAAGCACGAUCAGCUGAUCCACGGCUACCGGGAAGAACAUCCUCCCGCGAUUCCACCGCACCGUGGUCCUUCGAUAAAUACGCUUAAAACCAGGUCAAUGGAUGCCGGCUUCAGCAAAUCGUACCGUAACGGUUCGUUCGGUUCGUCAACGUCUCCUCACGCCCCCGGUACACUUCCUCCCGAUUUGCCCGGUUGCAACUCGCGACGAAGAGUCAUUACCGGUGGCUACCAGAAGCGCACCGCGCAGAGUCCUCGCGAGGAGAGAUCGCUGCAAACGUCCUGCAGCCUGCCGGAGACGCCCAUCUUUGCUAGAGGCUGUGACAUACCGCGAACGCCACACCGACGCGCUCCGGAAGUUCCACCGCACGGGAGUGGCAGCCGUACGGCUCCACGUGCCAACUCCACAACCAGCAGCCUCGGUUCGUCCGUCGUCGGCAUCAGUGCCUCGACCACGAUCGGCAGCCGACAGCGCAGCAUCAGCCAGGCACUGGCCAACGGGGAGAUGCUGCGGCUGGCCGGCGGUCCAGCCCGGGGCUGGUACCCGAAGCAGCGCCACCCGAGACCGGCCUCGACCGAGAACCUGGACCGGUUGCACCCACAGGGAUCACUGCGCGCCUGGGAGGCAGCGGGUACGGGUAGCCGCAAACCGCUCACCCUACCACCAAAUCUUACACCUAAAUUUUUCAACAAGUCACCGCGUGAGGCACUGCGCCGGGUUACUAGUUUGCUCAUUCGCAAAGGCAACUCUGGCACUAAGGAAAAGGAACCGAAAAAGGACAAGGAGCAGUACCAGCACCAGCAGCAACAACAGCACCAACAUCACCAUCAUCAACAUCCUCAACACUAUCACUACCAGCAGCAGCAACAGCCGCAGCAACAUCACCGUGAUUCGUCAUCCGUCUUCCUGCAGCGUUCACCCGGUUCCGAUGUGACUGAUUCGCGAAGCUUCCCGCAACAGCACUCGUCCCAGCACACGACACCGACGACGCAGAAGAAGAAGGGUUUCUUCAAGAGCUUCUGGAAAAAGUCACGCCACUAUUCGCUCGAGAAGCCGUAA